AUGCGUGGAUGUAUGUCAAAAGUGAUGUUUUCUUCAUUUGCUUUUACUGCUUAUGUCGUUCGAUUAUGUAUGGCAGAUAUCAUCAAGCGAGGUCUACAUGAACGAAAGAUUUUGCGUAAAUCAGGUACCUACGUUGAAAUACCCAACAAUGUAUUGUUAUUAAAAGCCUUAUAUCAUCAAGUUAUUACUUCAGAAGAUCUUGAACAGUUUAGUGUACACUCUGUUGCCACUCUUUUACAAGAUGCUUUAUGGAGUUGUAGUGAACGGAUUCUUUCUCGAAAGACCUGGCGACUCAUCAACUAUGAAACAUGUACUCUUGACUAUUUAGCGACCAUUAUACCUAAAGAAAGUCAUCGACUAUUGACGGAUAUUACUGACUUUUUGGUAUUGGUGAUGAAACACAAGAAGGAUAAUCUAAUGGAUGCUUAUCAACUAGGGGAUACAAUGGGAAAAGUGACAUUAGGACCUAGUGAUUGUGAUCCUGUCUUGGCAGAGAAGGCAGGUCAUUUUUUGAUGCGAAUGAUCAUUGAACAAUCCAAACAACAAAAGCGACGACGACAUCAACAAUCAUUAACAACAGAAGCAAUCAAAACAGAAGCAACAAAGGCAAAAGCGAAAUCAUACGAUCGAAUGCUUCGACGUCGACAAAGAGAACAAACUUGGAUAUUGGAAAAUGAUGAAGAUAUUGGUUUACGCUCCUUGUUAUAUGGUUAUCCUCCCGAUCCUCCCGAAAAACCUUACCAUUCAAUUUUUGACACUGCAUUUCCCAAUGAUCCAACAUGUGAAUUAUCCUAUGCAUCACCUGUUUUAUUCAGAAUUCUUGCCAAUGUCAAUCAACAGCCACCUUCAACAACAAGCGAUUCAACAACUAAAAUGGUUUCAACAUCAUCAUCUUCAAUAAUGACAGAACAAGUAUCUUAUUCAUUAUGUCAUGCAUUUGAUGACGUUCAAGAAUGGUUUACUCAAUAUCAACAACAACAUCAACCAAAACGGUCAUCCAAUGAAAAAUCUCUUUUUCGAUCUUUAUCCAAGCUCAACCAAUCCUUCUCUCCUCUUAAAAAAACAAAAUCUUCACAACAACAACAACGUCAUAUAUAUACUGAUUCCAUCGAUACCACAUUGAAUACAAGAGAAAGUGGUCUAAGUCAAGAUACUUUACUAACGACGAAGACAGGUUUACAUUCAAUCAAAGAUAAAAGAACAAUAACAACUUCUUCAGCACUUAGAGAAUCCUGUUUGACGACUGAAUCCACUUUGACUGACAAAACCAAUCGUCGACUUUCUUAUAUGCGGAAAAUGAUUACAGGACAUCAUCGAAAACUGAUACAACAUCGCCAACAACAUCAUUAUCAACAACAACAACAACAACAGCACCAACAACAGGUAUAUUGA